CAACAUUGGCGCUCAUCUUUCACAUCCCGAGUGAUAUCUCGUAAUGGUGGAUGGCAAAAACGGGUUUCGUUUAAAUAUAAAAUUAUCUUAAUUCUCCAUUUUUUACCGCACUAGCUAGAAAAUAUAGAUUAACGGAUUAACGUGAAUCGUAUACAGUGAUUUGUGCAGGCUGUCCCUCAGCUGCUGAGAAGGGCUGGUAAUUGCGCCUUAUUUCUUCAGCUGGGCCAAUGUUUUCAUCAACAUAGGAUAAAUAUGUUGCAUAGACUUUGUUUUAUUGGCACUAUUUAAGUUAAGUACAACUUUUAAAAUGAAUUUCUGGAUUCACGUUGCUGUGAGUGGAAUAUUUCUCUUGGAAUUGACUACGUUUGUGCAUGGAAUGCUAGUGACGGAAGCAUCACUUACAACGAAGUGUGAAUUUUACAAUAGCAGUUGUGCAGCAGCACCAGAAAGUUGUAGCACUGUUAAAGAAUGCGAACCUCCAGGGGAAUACAAACGAAAUCACUGCUUUGUUGUCUGGGCGAUUCAGCCAGAUGGAUCGACAAAAGUGUCCCUAAAGGGCUGUUUUCUAAACCACGAUCUUUGCUUCAACAAGCCAACUUGUGUGGAAAAAGCAGGCAGUCCAAAAAAUAAUGUGCUUUUCUGCUGUUGUGAGGGCGAUUUGUGCAAUAAAAAUUUCACAUGGGAACCCGAACCGACAGAGGCUCAACCACCCAGUACUGCUGCUCCUGUAUUCGUGCGAGAAGAAUCGAAUGUUAUCUACUAUGUAUUAGGGGCCAUUCUCACUGUCGUUGGGUUACUAGCUUUAGUUGUGGUGUUCUGGUAUCGGCGACAGAAACAAUACUUUGACGCGUUGCCAACAACCGAUUCUCAUCCUAUGCCGCCUCCGUCACCUCAACUGGAUUGCAGGCCAAUUCAAUUGAUAGAAGUUAAAGCUCGCGGACGGUUUGGAGCUGUUUGGAAGGCGCAAUUUAAAACCGAAGAAGUUGCUGUUAAAAUAUUUCCCAUACAAGAUAAGCAAUCUUGGCAAACAGAGCAAGAUAUUUUUAAGCUGCCGUUUAUGGCUCAUCCCAAUAUCUUGGAUUAUAUAGGAGUCGAAAAGAGGGGAGAAAAUUUGCAAGCAGAGUUUUGGUUAAUAACAGCUUACCAUGAGAAAGGUUCAUUGUGUGAUUAUUUGAAGGCCAACACGUUGAGUUGGAAUGAAUUAUGUCGAAUCGCCCAGACUAUGGGAACAGGUUUAAUGCACCUACAUGAGGCAAUACCUGGAAAAUCUCCUGGCGAAACUUCAAAACCUACUAUAGCACACCGGGACUUUAAAAGCAAAAAUGUUCUGCUGAAAAGCGACUUAACCGCCUGUAUUGCUGAUUUUGGUCUUGCCAUUACUUUUGAAGCUGGAAAAUCCUGCGGAGACACUCAUGGUCAAGUUGGUACUAGACGAUACAUGGCGCCAGAAGUUUUAGAAGGGGCCAUAAAUUUUACCUCUGACGCCUUUUUGCGAAUCGACAUGUACGCAUGUGGACUUGUUCUAUGGGAGUUGGUUUCACGUUGCAAGAGUCAAGAUGGACCAAUACCCGAUUAUCGACUUCCGUUUGAAGAUGAAGUUGGGGGGCAUCCAUCAUUGGAAGAUAUGCAAGAAAGUGUGGUUCAAAAUAAGGUUCGACCAACCAUAAAGAAGCAUUGGCGCACACAUCCGGGUCUUGCCGUAUUAUGUGACACAAUGGAGGAAUGUUGGGAUCCUGAUCCUGAAGCGAGACUUUCAGCUUCCUGUGUGAUUGAGAGGAUUUCAGUACAAAGCCGAUUUCAACAACCGAUUAUCAAUUUUGGUCGAAUAGAGAACGAAUAUAGUUGCGAGCCACUCAUGAACGACAUUGUAUAGAAUGGACGUUUGACAAAUUAAAAAAGCAGCUUAACAAAUCCGUACCUGCAUCAGCCCCAUAAAGUACCUGGAUAAUUGCAGUCUUGUGACUUACCGAUAUAAAACUCCUAGACACGUUCAGGAACACGUUCCGGUUAAAUUGCUCAACUCAGAAAACUGUCUAAUUUCUAGCAGCCCUAGUUUGCGUUACCCAGUGCGAGUUGAGCAAUGGCAAUAUCAUAUACGAUAAUGCCUUUGACCUACAUUUAUAAAUGUACGCGUUUAUUCGUGCAAGUCCAUGUGCCAAUAUAUUAAACAGCAUGUAGAUAUAUAUUUUGGAAAACUUUUAUUUAUGGUUAUGUUUAUGACCGUUUCAGAUUGAAUAAGGUAACAAAAGUUUUCCUUAAAACUGUUAAAUUUUUGAUUCGUCUAUAUGUAUUUAUUACGGGUUAAUAAGUAAAAUGAAAAUUUCAAAGUGUUUUUAAAUGAGAUUGAAGCAAUGUUUGGUAUUAGCUUAAAAACAAAUAUGUAGGCAUCAAGAGAAAAAUACUUGAAUUUAUACUGUAAUAUAUUUUUAUAAUUUGUGUUUAAUACUCUAACUAUAAGAAUAUUUUUUUAAAUAAAGACAAAACGAAGUUAAAUAUCAGCAGUGGCCAUACUUUUGGUACUUUUCUACGUGGGUACAGUUAAACUUUGAUUCUCUUCUUACUUUAAUCUUCCAGAGUGAGUCGCUAGUAUCGAGAGGAUAACUCACAAUAUUGGAAUUCACAAUACAUAUAUCUGUAAACUGGAUUAAAAUUCUUCAUCAAGUUACUAUUCAAUUUGAUUAAUUGAACACAAUCACAAUAUUAUUGUUUCAAUACUUCAAGUAUAAUUUUUUCUAUACGAUCUAAUUUAUAUAUUUUUUGCUUAUAUUUAGGUUUAACGUCAUUUAAAUGCUUAUAUUUAGUUUUAAAGUCAUUUUUACGUUAUUCUAUAGACGUUAUGAAAACAGUAGAUUUUUUACUAGCAAGGAUUUUUCAGAAAACACAAUGAAGAGGCACUAGUGGCUCGCAGGAAAGUUCUAGAUCAAAAUGUUGCAAAAUCAUAAAGACGCUUCUAUAUUCUAUCUCUGUGCCAGUGUUUUCGUGAAUGAAUUCAUUCAUGUUAUAAAUUCCAUUAACAAAUUGCAUAAUUCCCUAUCUUAAUCCAAAAUGUAGAGCUAGACCUCAUACAAGUACAUUUCAGCAAACUUAGACAAAUAAGGUUGUACAUAAUAAAUGAUUGUAGUAUAUAUAGCUCCUAUUACAUCAAAGUAAACAAUAAAUAAUGUUGUCUAUUACAUUUCUACAAUAAUACUUAUUUUGGUAAAGAUUUGUACCUUUUUAAAUAUCUAUACAGUGUUUUAAUUAAAAUGACUUUAAUAAAAUCCAAAGCUAAAUGUUAGAUACCAGUCGUUACAUAGUUUUCCAGUAUUCUUGUCUAGGCUUUGGUUUUAGUGAGACUGAAUGUUAGUUUAAUGAUAAAUACAUUUUAUGAAGAUUUGUGGUUUGCAUAGUACUGAUCAAAUAACUAAAUAAUUGUUGGGUGUUGUCUAUUCCAUUUCUGAGCAGCUGCGUAAGUUGCACAAAAUUGCUCGAAAAUUAAGUCAGUUGUUCUAUAAAUAAACACGCAUAUCUAUAUUUUUAGAAAAAUUAAUAUUUCAAUUUGAAACCAAUUUGAAUCGAUGCACACGUCUUCAUAAAAUUUAAACGCUCUAAUGUUAUUGAAAUUGUUAAUAUAUGAAAUGCGUUUGGUUUGACCAUAUAACAUGUCUUUAUUUGUUUGUUUGUGCUUAUGAUGGCUAGAGUAGAGAAGUUCUCAGGAAAAAACGCAUUACUUUGUUCGUUUGUUUAGGUGUUUAGUUUAGGAUCACUACCAUCAAUUCUUCCAUAGUUGGUAUUUUGAUAGCCACUAUUCAGCUAAAUAUUAUUGUAUCGUAGGGUAUCUUAUUUCAGAAAAGAAACAUAUCAAAAGGUGAUGAGCGAACAUUUGAUCUAUUAUGUGAAAACCCCAGUUGAUGUCGCUUUUUGGACUGUUGGUAGUAAAAUACCCAUAUUUUGUUAAAUUAACUACUUAAGUAAGAUCAUAUACAUUAAUUCCCAAGUAUUAUGAAAAUAUUAAAGGGUGUCUUCUAAAUCAUGGACAAAACUAUGAAUUUAAACGCGUUCAGUCUUCGUCCUGGUCCCUAACCAGGUUCAUGCAUUUGAAAAAUAGUCAAGAAUUAUUGCUGCAAAGUUGCCUAUAUUAUUAAUUUAUUAUAAUUUGAGAUCUCCAUUUCCUCUUGGCAAUGUUUUAUUUGCCAAGAGGUACAAUAAUUGCGAAAUUUAGCAGCCUUUAAACUAUAGAAGCGUAGUAGCUGAAAUCCGUGUUGAUACAGUUUGGAUUUGUGAAAGGUAGGAUAAGUUUGAACUUUCGCAAUGUCCAAAACAGCAAUAAUUAUAAAAAAAAAUUACGUGACAAAAAUUUCAAAAAUAGAUGCAUAGUCCCCAGAAUUGAAUUCAUAGCAUUAGUGAUGGGGGUUAUAUUGCAAUAAUUAAUACAUAAUAUAAAAAUGUGAUAAAUCGUGUCACAUGAACAAAGUUUUUUGUGAAGAAAAGUUGCCCUUGUUUGCAUUAAAGUAUUGAUGUUAUUUAGAAAACGCCUUUUGAGAACUAUAGAUAGAGAACUAUUAUGAGGAUUGACUAUAACAACUAUAAGUUCCUAAACAUGUUUUUGGUGUUCAUUUGUUCUACUUUAUAGGAACUUGAAAUUACUUGAACUUGUUUUCUUCCAUGAGCAAAUUUACAACUUACAUAGGCCCAGUGUUUUAUUAAAUUUGAAAAUA